GACAAAGAGGAAGUGAAGAGAAAUGGAGAGUGCAAGGGUUAUUCCCAUGGCAACCCAGUGUUUCCUUGGGGGGCUCAUUGCAGGCACUUCUGGCUUCUAGGGGACCCCACUGUGCCAGUUCUGUAUCAGGUAGAGCGCACCCGCACCGGAAGGAGCUUCUCUGUGCGUUCAGUCAAGGCCAUCCAGCAUGGGAAGCCCAUUUUCAUAUGCCAGGCUUCCUUCCAACGGGCUCAGGCCAGCCCUGUGCAGCACCAGUUCCACAUGCCAGCUGUGCCUCUCCCAGAAGAACUGCUGACUCAGGAGCAACUAAUCCAGAGGUACCUGCGGGAUCCAAACCUCCUAGAGAGAUACCGACAGGGUCUCAGAAGAAUGCUGGCCCAGGAAGUGCCCAUUGAGAUGAAGCCAGUGAACCCACCCGACUUCUUUCACAAGAACCCCCAGGAACCCAAGCAGCUCUUCUGGGUGCGUGCCAAAGGCUACAUCGGUAAGACCUGCGUGCGGCCUCCAGCCUGUCUUUCCACAAGUGAGUUGGUCACGCCCUGCUCUUGGGCAGAUCCCAGAGAAGGAAGUGUUAACUUGAAAAAGCAGAGGUGUUCUUUUGGCAGCAGAGAAGUCUUGUGGAGGACCUGCCUGCUCCCAAGUAGGGAGCUCUUCCCACCUAGUCCUUCAGAAGGGCAGCACCUUUGGACCCCUCUCAUGUCUUCUGCUGGUGUGCCAGUUGUGGCCCCUCCUGUUGGCAGGAGAACACCAGCACUUCGGGCACUGUGUUUCUCCUCUCCUCUCCUCCCUCCAGGGGGCUGCCGGGGCUUGGUGCACGGCCGCCUGUGGCGCAGAGAUGGCGUGUUGGCGGCCAGCUGCGCCCAGGAAGGAGUAAUCCGCGUGCAGGAGCAGCCCACCGCCAGCAAGCUGUAGCAACAGCUUUUUCUUUCCCUUGCUGCUAUCCCCCUUGUGGGAGGCCUCCCUCCCGGACCAGCUGAGUCUUCAGUGGGUGACGCUGGCCUACAAGGAGCGCCCGUAGCCUCUGGCGGUGAGACUCACAGGUGGAAGCACCGGUACCCCGCUUUACUUGGGCAUAUUAAUUUAUUAGACUCUCCUCUAUUCCCUGAAUGUUAAUAAAGGGAGUGAAGCAUG